CUCGAACGCCCCCCUCACCGCAUCUUCGAGUUUAAAAAUAGCAGCAUGUGCCGCACGUAUCAAACGAUCGUCAUCGUACUUCCAUGCCGUCAUCCCCUCAACACAUUGCCAAUGCAGUGACUGCCGAAUCUGUGGGGGACGUUCCACAAGCUCUCGUGCAUUAUGCGCAAGCGAUCGCCGCCAUAGACGCCGACGUGGCGACGUGCAAAGACCCAGUUCAACGACGCCAACUACAAGAGGCUGCGACCAUGUGUCAGGACCACCUCCAUGCUUUGACGUAUCCGCAGCUGAAGGCUUCCCACGGAGACAUGGCGCGAUCGCCAAGCAGUAAUGGCUGCGCAGCUGAAGACGUACUUCCCAUUGCCCUGGAUGUGUCGACGUCUGCAAAGCAUGGCAUCACGCACGAAGCAGGAGGCGAAAAGGUCAUGAUGGGCAGCGCGGCCGCAGCUGCUGGCGUUGGUCUCCUUGUUGCCGGCCCCGUGGGUUGUAUUCUUGGUGCAGCAGGGGGCGCGGUCCUGGCGACUCAGGGCGGCACGUCCGGGGACCUGGCGCGGGCGACGGGCCAGUUGAUCGCAAUUUCCUACGACAAGGCCAAAGUCGCCAACAAAAAGUACCAUGUGACGGACAAUGUCAAGGCAGGCGUCAUGACAGCGACUGCGACGGCAAAAACGCUCGAUGACAUGUAUCACAUCCAAGCGAAAGCGACGACGUUGGCCCGCGCUGGGAUGACCAAACUCACUUCAUUCAACCACAAGCACCACGUGACAGAGCGAGUGGCAAUGGCAGCUGUGAGUGGCAUACACGGACUGACGAAGGCGCUGGGGUCACCAUCAAAGCAGCCGUAGAAAUGGCCACAGACGCUACGACAAGUAACCCGUGAACAUCCCUUGGAUCGACACAGGGGAAGCCGAAAGAUUGUGCGACGAUGGUCCUAAAGCAGCG